AUGUCUCGAUCACAGGUGAUCUCUUGUUUGCGCUUGAGCCGUUCCACUUUGGGAUUAUUCAGGUGCCAGAAGGCACUCUUUUUUGCCAGAGGACCAGGUUUUCAGCAGGUGAGGUGCAAAAGCGAGGAUGGCGGCUGCAACACCUGCAACCUUCAGGGCGUGGUGGUUGGCCUCUAUGCCAAGGACGGUGACAAGGGUCUAAAGUUGUCCCCGGGUGGCGAGAAGUUCGACGAUCGUGUGAGCGGCAAGAUCACGGAACUGAUCAAAGAAUCUGGACUCAAUGGGGAGCUCGGCGUGGGUCGACUGUAUCAGAACAUAGACAAGGAGUACUGGGCCGUGGCGGUUGUGGGUCUGGGCAAGGAGGGCGCUGGCUACAAUGCCGAGGAGGUCAUCGACGAGGGCAUGGAGAACGUGAGGGUGUGCGCCGCCGUCGGGGCGCGGGCUCUGCAGAUGCAGGGAUGCACCACCUGCCACGUGGAUGGCAUGGAGUAUCCCGAACAGGCGGCCGAGGGAGCAGCGAUGGCCGUGUGGCGAUACAAUGUGAACAAGCGCAAGAAGAACCGCGUGGCCAUACCGAAGCUGGAGCUGUACGGCUCCACGGAUCAGGAUGCCUGGACGAGGGGUCUCUUCAAGGCCGAGUCCCAGAACUUGGCCCGUCGCCUGGCCGACACCCCGGCCAACCAGAUGACCCCCUCGAUCUUCGCCCAGGCAACCGUGGAUGCUCUGUGCCCCUGCGGCGUCUCCGUGGAGGUUCGCUCGAUGGACUGGAUCGAGACCCAGAAUCUCAACUCCUUUCUCAUGGUGGCCAAGGGCUCCUGCGAGCCGCCCAUUAUCCUGGAGGUCAGCUAUUGCGGCACUUCGCCGGAGGAGCGGCCCAUCCUGAUGCUCGGCAAGGGACUGACCUUCAACAGCGGCGGCCUGUGUCUGCAUCCGAAGAAGGGAAUGGACGAGUAUAGGGGAGCGGUUUCCGGGGCCGCCGUCUGUGUGGCGGCCAUUCGAGCGGCAGCUGCUCUAUCGCUGCCCAUAAAUGUUUCGGCAGUGCUGCCUCUAUGUGAGAACAUGCCUUCGGGAAUGGCAACCAAGCCGGGCGAUGUGGUGACCCUGCUUAACGGAAAGACCAUGCGAAUCAAGGACAUCUCAUUAGCUGGCACUGUGCUACUGGCCGAUCCCCUGCUCUACGCCCAGUCGACCUUCAAGCCCAAGCUGGUCGUCGAGGUGGGCUCCAUGGCCAGUGGCAUUCGCAAGGGGCUGGGUGCCUCGGCCACCGGUUUGUGGACCAACAACUCCUUCCUGUGGAAGAACUUCCAGAAGGCCGGAGCUCUCACCGGCGAUCGAUUGUGGCGCAUGCCGCUGUGGAAGUACUUCCGCAAUCUAGUGGCCCCCACCAAGGCCUACGACAUCUGCUCGACGGGGCAGGGACACGCCUCCUCCUGCCUGGCCGCCGCCAUCCUCUUCGAACUGGUGCCCUGCUCCGACUGGGUCCACCUGGAUACCCACGGCACCGGAAUGCUGGCCCAGCACGGAGUGCCGCCGUAUUUGCUCAAGGACUGCAUGACCGGACGUCCAACUCGAUCGAUUAUCCAGUUCCUUUACCAGAUGGCCUGCAAAUGAUGCGGCGUCUUUUUGAGGAGAACUUGACGAGGGAUCCGUGUCCUGUAAAUUCAGUGUUGUAUAUUAUCCAUAUGACGUCCCUACCAUUGGGUUAACUUGUAGAGUCGGUAUGGUGUUGAGCCUUUACUCGAAUGAUGUGACGUAUUCUGUAAUGUCAGAACGGUUGAAAGCUUCAACAAAAUAAAAUUCAGGUAGCCAAAAAAA